UUACGUGUUUGCCUUCUCCGCCCAUUUUUAACCUCUACUUCCCCUUUUUUAUGCCCAUAUUCCCCUUCCUCAGUUUUAUUCAACAAAACUAACACCCCCCAUUUUCAUUCUUGUUAAUGGCUCCUUCAAUGGAAUCUCAGGGCCAAGACCAGCUUGAAGGGUCAAUUAAUAAUGGAAAUGCAUCUGUUAAUACCAUUCCUGUUGCACUUACAGAUGAGGUUCCUCAAAAAUCAAGAAUCACCGUUGUUGGUAGUGGAAAUUGGGGUAGUGUUGCAGCCAAGCUCAUUGCUUCUAACACCCUCAAGAUUAAUUCUUUCCAUGAUGAAGUGAGGAUGUGGGUCUUUGAGGAGACAUUGCCAUCUGGUGAAAAACUCUCUGAGGUCAUCAACAGAACCAAUGAGAAUGUUAAAUAUCUUCCUGGUAUAAAAUUACCUAAAAAUGUUGUUGCGGACCCCGACCUCGAAGAUGCAGUGAAGGAUGCUAACAUGUUAGUGUUUGUGACUCCUCAUCAAUUUAUGGAGGGCAUUUGCAAGAGGUUAGUUGGAAAAAUUAGGAAAGAUGCUGUAGCAAUUUCCUUAAUUAAAGGAAUGGAGGUCAAGAGGGAAGGACCAUGCAUGAUCUCUACCCUCAUUUCUGAAAUUCUUGGGACCAGUUGUUGUGUUCUAAUGGGAGCAAACAUUGCUAAUGAGAUUGCAGUUGAGAAGUUCAGUGAAGCAACGGUCGGAUAUAGGGAGAACAAAGAGAUUGCAGAGAAAUGGGUUCGCCUAUUCAAUACUCCUUACUUUAUGGUCUCAGCUGUUCAAGAUGUUGAAGGAGUCGAACUUUGUGGAACUCUGAAAAAUGUUGUGGCUCUAGCAGCAGGCUUUGUGGACGGCAUGGAAAUGGGAAAUAAUACUAAGGCUGCAAUAAUGAGAAUUGGCUUGAGAGAGAUGAAGGCCUUCUCCAAGCUAUUGUUCCCUUCUGUUAAAGAUAAUACAUUCUUUGAGAGCUGUGGAGUAGCAGAUCUCAUAACGACUUGCUUGGGAGGAAGAAACAGGAGAUGUGCUGACGCUUUUGCAAGGAAUGGAGGAAAAAGGUCUUUUGAUGAACUUGAAGCGGAGAUGUUGCAAGGCCAAAAACUGCAGGGUGUCUCUACAGCAAAGGAGGUUUACGAGGUUCUACGUCAUCGAGGAUGGUUAGAAUUAUUCCCCCUUUUCGCAACAGUUCAUGAGAUCUGCAGUGGUCGUCUUGCUCCCUCGGCCAUAGUUGAAUAUACCGAGCACUCAGCCAGAUUGCCCUUGCUGGAAAGUCCUGCUCACUUGAGCUGAUAUGCAGAGAGAUGAAGUCAAUAUAUAUAUAUAUCUAAGAUACUCCAGAUUUUGGUUCUCUAUCAGUCCCUGCUUCUUUUGUUUUCCCCUUAUAUUAAUAGUACAAUUUUGAGGGGCUGGUGUCCUCCUCAUAAGCCAUCAGCAAUAUGAUGCUACAAAAUCAUAGGGUUUGAAUUACAUUAUGUUCUCUAAUUGCUCUCCAGCUUUGCUCUUAGUUAUGGAAAAUGAGUAGAUGCAUUGAUCCUCA